AUUCGUUAUUUUCCGAUGUUCUCGCAGUAAGUGUAAAUCGAAUAAAGCAUGUAUAUUGAUAAAGUGCUCUUAACGAUCGCCUUUUGCGCGACAAGCGCAUGGUGCAGCGAUCGAACGUCGACACGAAAUGCCAGAACAAUUGAUUUGUCAUCGUCAUUUCUCACAUGGCCGCAAAUGUUGUUCGGGAAUCGACUAUCAAUUUUCAUGAGAAAAUUCUGGCCGAAUCAAUUCCAGCUCCGAGAAUGGACUAGGAGCGGCGUCGCGAGUUUUCUACGUUUCGUAUACUUCGGGAGAACCGGCCAGGGCUCAAUGCGCAUCGAAUUCAGACCCGAGGACGGGCCGCGCGCAGCGGAAACGUAUCAACGGCGUUUCGGAUAUCGCGGAAAGUGGCUCAUCGAGCAGUUGGGAAACGGUCUUGGUCCCGAUAUUCGACUGGGUAGGUUGCAACCUGUGCCCAGUACCUUCCUGACGCCACCUAUACCGUCCCUUCAAGGAUUCAAAUUAAGAUAUCAAUACCAUCUAGAGGGUCCACCCAAACGCACACAUCCUUGGGAUUAACGUCCUCCAGGUGGGAUGGUAGCUUCAGUUGCAAC